AAUUCUACUAAUGAAUACACCAGUGAUAAAGGACCUGAUUUUCAUGGGGCAAACCCGUGUAUGCCACACAGCUGGCCAAGUUUAGUCACAUGCUUGUUGUUAUUGUUCUGGUAGUCUAGUGCUUUCCUGAAUGGUCUGCACUCGAUCUAAACCUUUCUCCCAAUUCAGAGGCAUCAGAAUAAUAUUGUCUACAUUCGGAUUUGUAAUUACAGGAUUCUUCCAAAUAUUUAGGACGUUUGACUCGGAACGAUCGCGACGCAAAGGGGGAGUCAAUCAAAUACGCAUUUCGUCCCUUAUUUAUCAACAUAACGGAAGACAAAACAAAGUGUCAUGGAGGCAAAUUUGCAGGGUUCCUGGGUGGAGCUGCACUUUAACAAUGGCAACAGUGGUGGCUCACCAGCACAUGGGGCUGCUGGUGUGGAGGAAGAGCAGGUACCAGGCUCUGCCACUGACCUACCAGGCUCUGCCACGGAGCUACCAGGCUCUGCCACGGAGCUACCAGGCUCUGCCACGGAGCUACCAGGCUCUGCCACUGAGCUACCAGGCUCUGCCACUGACCUACCAGGCUCUGGGUUAGGUGCCUCUGCCUCAGUCCAUGGUGGAGACCUGAUGGCUGGGUCUACCUCUGCGUCGGUCCUGCCUGGGUCUCUCUCUGCCUCUACCCAGGGAGGUGACCUGAUUCCUGGGUCAGGGUCUGCGUCUGGCUCAGUCCAGGGAGGGGUGGACUUGGAGAAGAUGUUGUUAGACGCCCAGCACGAGUCAGGAAGAAGCAGCUCCAGGGGCAGUGUGCCCUGUGACAGUCCUCCGAGACCCCAGACUCCUUUGCUCCGCCGUGGCUCAGAAGUGCACAGCUCAGGAGAGAAGAACAGCUCACAGUCUGAAGAAGACUACCUAGAACGGAGACGUGAAGUGGAGAACCUGAUGAAGAAGAACGCAGACUGGAUCUGGGACUGGUCCAGUAGACCUGAGAACAUUCAACGCAAGGAGUUUGUUCUGAAGCAUCCCAAACGUAUCAACCCUCUCAGCAUCAGAAACACCGGCGUCAUGAAGAAAGGAGGGAUCUUCUCUGCAGAGUUCCUCAAACUUUUCCUUCCCUCUCUGCUCAUAUCCCACGUACUGGCCAUCGGUCUGGGGGUGUACAUUGGGAGACGUCUAACUACCUCAGUGACCAGUACCUUCUAAAGGGACACUCCGCUGGACUGGAACAACAUGGUUUUUUGGCACCAACACGUUACCUUCCACUGCUGCUAGCUUUGAAGUGGCGCUUAUUAGAUACAGAUAGGCAACAUCUGUCAUGUGUCCCCCAACUCCACUCAAUAUGAUGGCUCAAAAUGGCACCCUAUUCCCUACAUAGUGCACUACUUUUGACCAGUUCCCAUAGGACUCUGAUCAAAAGUAAUGCACUAUAUAGGGUAUAGGGUUCCAUUUAGAUACAGAUAGGCAACAUCUUCAUGUGUCCCCCAACUCCACUCAAUAGAUGGCACCCUAUUCCCUACAUAGUGCACUACUUUUGACCAGUUCCCAUAGGACUCUGAUCAAAAGUAGUGCACUAUAUAGGGAAUAGGGUUCCAUUUGGGACACACAACCUUUUUGUUUUCCCCUGGCGGUGAGCAGUCCACCCUGCCUGUAUCUGUAUUGUACCCCUGUGAAUACUGUUGGCUUUUCCCUUAGUUCCCAGAGCUGCUUUUUAAAUAACCCUGCUCCACUGGAAAGUAGAACCCGGUGUUCCUCCUCCAUCUCACUGGACGAUCUCUGGGUAGGGGGGCCAUCUUAUAAUCAACCUUUUAAGAGCCAUUGUUGUCAACGACUAGCUAGCUAGCUAACGUUCACUGUCAGUCAUUUUCAAGCCAUUUUAUCUGGCUCUGAGUUGAGACAUUUUUGUAAUAGAAGACUUUUGAGGUAAUGAUAUUACAGUAAGAAGGUGAUGAUACAGAAAAGCACUGUGAAUUUCUCAGCGUUGAGAUAUGUACGGAGAAGAAAAGGGAGUGGGUCAGACAAGAAAGCUGGACGUUGUAUUUUAGGGAGCUGUUGCUGGUUUUAUCAGAAUGUCCUUGGUCGGGGGAAAAAGGGAUCAAGACAUUCAACCAAAAUGUUAUUUCUGACCCGGAUUCUUCUCAUGGAUCAUAAAGGGCUUUAAUAAUAAAACAAGGUUUCAGGAGAAAUUUAAAAAAGGUUUGAAAUAGAUUAAACCUUGAAAGCGUUUGAGGAAGUAAUGGAGCAUCUUCCAUUAGAUCCCAGAUUAGGUCGAACAGGAGCGUCAGGGUUUUGGUUCUGUCGGCACCUUUCAGUUCAUUGGUGUUAUUUUUCACUCAGGGUUGUUUUCUGUCACAACAAGGUGUCCCAUUCACUGAUUAUGCAUGUGGAACACAUGUGUAUGGGUAGGAUUGUACGUUGUGUACAUUAGAUGUGGUGUCCCAUUCACUGAUUAUGCAUGUGGAACACAUGUGUAUGGGUAGGAUUGUACGUUGUGUCCCAUUCACUGAUUAUGCAUGUGGAACACAUGUGUAUGGGCAGGAUUGUACGCUGUGUACAUUAGAUGUGGCACUAUGUAAACCGAAAGUGUUAUGGUCGGUGGCAUGUUAUUGGUCUACGUGACCAUUUGAAAUACACUAAAACAGCUUUUCUACCACUACUGCAUAAGACCACACAUCUCCAUAUCAAAUAUUUUAGGGGAAAAUAUAGACUUUCACACUUGUAAUUAUGAGGGAAUUUAGAAAUCUUUUAUUUUUGCCUUACUUAUACUUCACUCCUAAUUAAAUACGAAAUCUCAGUAUCCAGAAUGCUUCAGUAUUUGUUGUUCUAAGAAUGAAGAGAGCAACAGAGGCUUUCUGAGUUAUGCCUUGAAAAGGCAUUUACCAAUCUGUUUCUGCAUGUCUUGUAGAGCUGGUCAACAUGUCAAGUGUAUAUGUGAAUUUGAAAAACUGUUCUGAAAAAUAAAAUGGUUGCAUCAUAAAAAUA